UAGCACAAAAGAUGCAGGUUAAGAGGUGUGCUGUUUGCAAUUAUUUGGCCUGUAGCAUCGUAUAACUUGUUCAUAUUGUACUCUUUCUGCCUCAUAGUUCAGAGGGGUGUGACGUGUUUAGCAGCAGCAUGUGCUGAACCUGAGUGUGCUAAGCUCCCCCAUACUUGGUAUCACCAAAGGGAAUUUGGUUGUUAUGAGAAAGUGAAAGUGAAACAGAGUCUGGCAUAUCAGUUGUAUCAAAGAGUUCUACUUUGUAGGUUUCUAGAUAACGUGUCUACUGCUGUUUUGUCUGGAAAAUGAAUGCAAUAGUAUUUAAACUGGCCAUCGGAGCUAUUGGCUUCUUUGGAGCUGUUUGCUGUGAUAAUUCUGAAACAGUGCUGGGCACUGUGUUGGAUUGCUGGUACGUAGAAGAACAGGGCGGGCGCAUGGGUUCUUUCCCUACUGCAAUCACUCAGAAGAAAUCGCUGCUUCUGCUACGGAAAAAUGAACAGAUUGGUGCACCGCUGGAUUUCAUCCCUCCUAAUGAUGUGGAGCAAGGGCUGUUCUUCGACAUUAAUGAUCCAACAGGGGUCAUCAGGAAUAACAAUUUUCAUAAGUCUCAGAAAAAAAAUGAGAAGUCGGCUUGUGAGAUUAAUCUGUAUACACCACAGGCUGCCUUUGUGGAUUGGACUGUAUACUUAACCAAAAAUGAGGUAAGCCCACUCCAUUUCGGUGGGGUCUGGUACACCAGCAACAUCCAAGCAGCCAACAAGAAGUUCAGCAUCUCCAGUAUCAUGAAGGUGAUAUCACCAUCACCAGGCACAAGUGACGACGAAGGAAACCAUGAGCAAGGAGCACUUGGAACAAUCACCUCAGUGGCCCUGAAUGUGUUCACUCGCAACCCAAAUAUAAAGACCCGACUGUCACGUGACGUAAUCCUUGAUUGCGGCUUCACAGCAGAAAACUCAAAGGAAUUCUCAGUUGAAUGGCGCUAUCAGUACAAGGGAUCUGGCCAUGUGGUCUAUGCUUAUGAUGGAGUACGGGAUCGUGUGGAAAUUGCACAGGAAGGAACACAGAUUUUCUUUGAGGAGCUUCACGCCAGUGGCAAUGCCUCACUUCUCAUCCGCGAUGUCAAUAUAAAGCAUGUAGGAACUUACAUCUGUACAGUGUAUGUACCGUACCUUCAUUCCCAGCAAGCAAUCGAACUGGAGAUCAUAGAACCUCCCCAGCUGAGUCUCACCCCGAACCCUGUGUAUGUCUUCCCGGGACGAGAGGAGAAGCUAAGUUGUGACAUUUCCCGUUACUACCCACUGGAUGUAACAAUAGAAUGGUUAACAAAGAGUGCUGCUCCAGGGAGUGAAUCUCAGUAUGUCAAUGAAUCUUGGCAAACCAGUCACAGACAGAACUCGGAUGGCACGUAUAAUGUUACCAGCCACAUCUGGAUCCGGCCAGAGAUGAAAGACCAUGAGACAGUUUUCACCUGUUAUGUCUCACAUGUCUCCUUGAAGACAGGCACCAAGAAGACCUCUGUUGUGAAGAUGGCAGGAGCAUCGGGUCCUUCCAUUGAAGAUGCCAUUGGUAUGUUUAUCACAGCUUUCAUCCUGUACGGAUUUCUGAAAUUGAUCUACUGGCUCCUUUCCAGCGCUUUUUCUUCAUCAUCUGCACGUAGCUCUGACAAGGAAGAAAAGGUAAAAUCUUCUUAAAUUUAGGACUUAUGGAGAGAGCGUGGACAGAUGUGGAGAUGGAGUCCACAAGAAGACACCAGAAUCCUUCUUUCCAGAUUUGGCUGAGAAAAAAAAAUAAUUUGGUCAAUUCAUUUGUGUGUGUGUUUGAGUGGGGAGCUGAUGCUUACUUUGCAAGACAAGCUUCAAAAUGUGUCCUUUAAAGUGAUUUGCUGAUGUUUCAAAACCUACCUUUGCACUACAGCAUGGAGUGCAUAAACUCCUAAACAUCACUUUCUCCCAUCAGAAAACAUUUUAGUCAUCACUUUUAUAUUUAAAAUUAAUUUUAAAAUUUGCAUUUUCCUUGCACUAACAUCACUGAAGAUAAAACAUGGAAGUUUAAUCUCAGUGACAUAGACCUAGGAAAAGCAUCUUUUGCAUCCGUAGACUUUAAUGGGUGCAGCACUGCGCAUAUACUAAGGUGCCCCAUUAAAGUCUGUAGACUUAGCCUGUGUUCCCCUGUGGUAACAUCACAUCUGGAAAAGCUGAUUUUUUUUGCUGUGGUUUAAUAAAAUGUUUACGAAGCUUUUAUUAAAAAAAUGGGCCAAAAAAGUUAGAAAGGACAAGCUGAAAAAUACAUUGUAGCACUUGACUGAUCAAAUGCUGCGAUGUAUACAGAAAUGUUGGCAAAUCACUUCAAGUAUAACCUUCCCACUCAUCUUUCUCAAAACCAUAACGUUUGCUUGAAUCCAGAAGAGGACUGCAGCUCAAAAGAUAAAAAGAACCAAUGCAUUUUUGUUUAUUCCUCCACUAAACAAGUAAUUUGUGAACUGCAGUACCAGAAUAGAGUUGCAUAUUGAUCUUAACAAAUGAAACACUGAAAAGUUAUGGUUUUAAAAGAUUUUAAUUUCAGAGCUUCACUGAUCUUUAUUCCACAGCUUAUUGUCACUCUUAGGCCUAGACACACUUUUAAAUCACUGGGAGGCACAAGGGGUAACCAGAGAUGUACAUGCAGAACUGCAGUUAGAGGCUGAGUAUGACAUUUAUAAUAAUAAAAUGAAUAAAUAAAUAAAAAGCUUUGUCAGAUUUUACCCAUGCUGGUAGACAGAAACUUCUAUUGUUUUCUGUUAGGGUGUGUUGGAUAACUCCAUUUGACAAACCCUGCGUUGUCUUGCUUUCAGCUGUAGUAGCGUCAGAGCAUUCUUUGACCAUCGAGCCUCUCUCAUUUCGAAAUGCUGUGAUGGCUCAACAGGAUGUUGCAGGUUGUUGAUGCCUGGUUUAAGAGCAGUAAGUCACUGUACUCAAAGCAGUGCUUUACACCCUGUAAUAAAGUGAUGAAAAGAGAUAUUCUUUUAAUAGAAAAGGAUGGCAUGAUAUAGUCCUUCCGGUGGAGAAGGGUCUGUGAUGUCCUGGAGCAUUAGAAGCUCUCACAUCUUCUCUUUCAAAGGACCAGCAGUGUCAUCAUCCCCAUGGUAUGUGUUUCAUGGGAAAUGAUUCAAAAGCUAGACACUUAUUUGCUUGCUUUGUAGUAAUGGACUACAGUCUGAUGUUCAGAUAAGCAUAUCUCCUGAUCAGCUUCCUUGGCAGGAAUCUUAGAUUUGGUUUUCUAGGGUCCUACUUUUGUUUUAACAUUUAAAAAUGUUUGCACUAUAGCUAAUGGGUUAAAGCAAUAUAAAGAGUUCAGGAUGAACUGCGCUGAAAUGGGGUGUGCUAAUGUAUUAAGAUACGGUUGCAAUGCUAAAGUUUAAUGAACUGUUGUGAACUGAUUAUCACCAAAAAAGAUGUAUAAUUUGAUGACAAACUGUGUAAAUAUAAACAUCAAAUAAAAUGCUACAAGCUGA